GAGGGUCAGAGACUUGCCGAAAGAAAUCUGCCCGGAUCGAGCGGCACCAAACCCAGCCCAAAGAAAACCGGUGGUCUGAUUAGGGACCCGUUAAGUCCCAGCUCCAAGCCGCAGCCAGGCAGACGCUGGGGGAGCAGGGCUGUGGUUGGGGGGCUAGCAUGGGCUGGAGAGGUCCAACGCAGGACGGCGGAGGCGCUGCUGGCAGAGCUUCGGCUGCUCACUCACGGCCCAGGCCGGUGCCCUAGCCCGCUAGGGCAAGGCAUCCGGAGAGUGGGGGGAGCAGGUCCGGGGUGAAGUGGGGGGCUCCUCCUAAGUGUCAGCGGAGCUAGCUGGGCGCCCGGGCUUCGUGGGAACCCAUUAGGUGCCCCCUCCCCUGCUGCGGUGACCUUUCAGGGACCGGUCCCUUUACCCUGUUCAGAUCCCUCUUGGGGACAAUUUUGGGGCCUGCGCAGUUUUUCAAUGAAGGCGAGAAGAGAUGGCUGUGCACCCUGCCACCCCCAAUCCUUCUGGUCAGAGCGCUGGGGUCAGUUGUGUUCACUGUUUCCAGGCUGAAGUUUGCAGGGCCAGCGAAAUCCCUCCACCGCCAAGCAGGGCAAACCUUGGAUCCACUCACCCCGCCUGUCGCCCGGCUCUCCUUCCCCAACUACCGAGGGAUGGGAGCAAGCUUCUCCACACCCCUCCCCCCAUCGGCACCAGGUAAAUCUCUCCGCAAAGAGUGCACGGAGCGCCCCCCUGCCAAGCUGCAGCGUCCUAUGAAACCCCAACUUCUCCCCCGUCCGCGUCACUUCAUCUCCCGUGGGUGGCUGGCGCUGCUGUUGUUUAAUAAACAUCUUAUGUCAAGGGGACAGAGGGAGGAAAUGAGGGCCUGCGGGGUGGAGGUGCAGGUGGGGGGGGCAGGACCACCUCCUCUUUAAUUAUCCAGUCGGGCCUCUCCGGCUGCUCCCCGGGGCUGCGGCUCCCUCCCUCCCUCCUUCCCGGACGCGCCCGGGGAGAGGGCUCCGCAGCCCGCGUCCCUCCCGCGGCUGCCCGCCGCUUCCCUCCGCCCCCGCCACCCCGUGGCGAGAACUGCGCACCCGCCCCGCUCCCCCUGCAGAGGCGGGGGCGGGGUGGGGGGGCAGGCGGCGGGCAGCUCCGGCUGAGGUUACGUGGCCGCCGGAGCCCUGACGUGAUAGCACAUUGCAUCAGCAUAAAACAAUCCAUCCUCGAUAUGGAAUGCGGUGAGGACGGGUGACAGCGCGAGCGCAGCCCCCUCGCCCGAUUGAUUUAUGUCGGAGCUGACGCUUUAUCAGGCAGUCGGCAAAACUUUGACCAAUCAUUUUGCAAGGAGCGCCGAGCCGGGCUGCUCCACUGUACUUUGUUGGCUGAGAAGUUGAGCAGGAGGUGGGGGUUGGCGGGUGGGGGGCUGGGGGGGUCGCGUCCGAAAGCCCUCACACGGGUCCCGGUGCCACCUCUCCGUGCUUGGGCGCCGCCGCGCGAGCGCUUCCCUUCCCCCUGCGAGCGCACGGAUGAUGUCUGAGAAUGUCCAUUUCUGGGACGCUUAGCAGCUAUUAUGUCGACUCGAUCAUAAGUCACGAGAGCGAGGACGCGCCUCCAGCCAAGUUUCCUUCCGGCCAGUACGCGAGCCCCCGGCAGCCGGGCCACGCGGAGCACCUGGAGUUUCCCUCCUGCAGCUUCCAGCCCAAAGCGCCGGUGUUCGGCGCCUCCUGGGCGCCGCUGAGCCCGCACGCGUCCGGGAGCCUGCCGUCCGUCUACCACCCCUACAUCCAGCCCCAGGGCGUCCCGCCGGCCGAGAGCAGGUACCUCCGCACCUGGCUGGAGCCGGCGCCGCGCGGAGAAGCUGCCCCGGGGCAGGGCCAGGCGGCGGUGAAGGCGGAGCCGCUGCUGGGCGCGCAGGGCACGCCCGAGUACAGUUUGGAAACUUCGGCGGGCAGGGAGGCCGUCCUGACUAAUCAAAGACCCGGCUACGGGGACAAUAAAAUUUGCGAAGGAAGCGAGGACAAAGAGAGGCCGGAUCAAACCAACCCCUCUGCCAACUGGCUGCACGCCCGCUCGUCCCGGAAAAAGCGCUGUCCCUACACCAAAUACCAGACGCUGGAGCUAGAGAAGGAGUUUCUGUUCAAUAUGUACCUCACCAGGGACCGUAGGCAUGAAGUGGCCAGACUCCUCAAUCUGAGUGAGAGACAAGUGAAAAUCUGGUUUCAGAACCGGCGGAUGAAAAUGAAGAAAAUGAAUAAAGAGCAGGGCAAAGAUUAGAGAGGGGCCCGCCCCAGCCCUU